UCGGAGAUUACAGGGGGUGAUGUGGAAGCUGGAAACGCUUUGUAUGCCAUUACCAACGGGCCUCGCCACCUAUCGAACAUCCUGACGUUGUAGCCCGCAGCAACGAAAAAUCAUCGAUGAGCAUGGAUCAAGGGUCUGUCCAGGGUGGACAAGAAGCUUCACGCGGAGAGCUUGUCUCAGCGAUCGUCGGCCAGACGGUGUAUGGGAAAGUGGCGGACGCUGAAGCAUGUAUCGUACCAAAAGGCGGCCGGCUGUCACAAGUUGCGUCUGGCUGACGCGCUCGGCGAACUGCAUUGACCGCUUCAACGCACGGAAGUCGUACCUCGUGCCAGGAGAAGACGCGCCGCUGCCGCUGUACGAUUCGUUGCUCCGCAUGGACUUUGUCAUGGCCGCCUUGACCGUGUGGGAAGCCGCGAAGGGCAGACAACAGAAUCACUUCUAGGGUUCUCCACAGCCACCGGUCUGUGUAUCCGCGCCUUUUCAAAGACCAACUACCG